CAGCUGAGAGAUCGGUCUCGCCCGACGCAGCGUGCCGUCCUCACCUCACCUGCUUGUUUUUCUUUCUUUCUCUCGCCAGCCCUGGCAUGCCAUGCCAAGCACCAACGACGAGAGCUCCACGCCUCGCUGCGUCCCGGCCCGGGUCGCGAUGCCCCGGCCGCCCCGUCGUGGCCGGCCGCUAACUCGGGACGGCCGCCUCUACAUAUAUAUAUUCGCGCGCCGGCCUGCCCUCCUACCAUGUCCAAAACCGCUCGAGCUGCGUCGUUGGCAGGAACGACGCCGGGCGCGCACCGCCGCCGGCACGCGCGAUGAGGGACCUGGAGGAGUUCCGGGGCGGCGGCGAGGGGGAGCGCGGCGCGGGGUCCGCCGGCGGCGUGUCGUCGCCGUGGUGGUCGGACGACCCGGAGGCGAAGCGCCGGCGGCGGGUGGCGGGGUACAAGGCCUACGCCGUGGAGGCCAGGGUCAAGGCGUCGCUCCGCAACGGCUUCCGCUGGAUCAAGGACCGCUGCACCGGCCUCGUGCGCCGCUACUGACCUGACAGUGACAGCUCGUCGGCGAUCGAGAGGUGCUCGUCGUGCGUGUCAACCAUUUUCAUCUGACUGUUCUGUAAUCUGUGUUUGUAAAGGUUGGCGCGAAUUAAAGUUUGUUUUGUGCUUCUUGCCGCUCACGCCUGACUGUUCUGUAACUUUGCCGUCACGUCGUCGUUGCCGCUCAAGCCUGCAGAGGGAUUUGCUAGCACUGACGGGCCAAUAGCACCAGGGUCCAUGUGUUAGCUAGCGGGACGAAUUCCUCUACAGUAAUGGAGAGGAGUCUCGUCCCGCAAAUGCAAUAGACACAUAGACAGAAACACUUCUAGAAAUGUUGGUCGUACUACUUCUGAGUAGGCCUCCUUCCCCGAAGUGAGUCGUGUUACCCUUGAUCAAAUGAGAUCCGUUAGUUUUACUUGUUCUUAUAUAAGGAACAUGGAGCGAUCAUUUGGUUGCUUUGA